GUGAAGAGAAUCCAGGGGAGGGAAGUCACAGUGGGAACUGCAUCUGCAAAGGCUGCAGGUGUGGGAGAGAGUGACAGGUCCUGCAGCAGCAAGCUCGCAGGUUAGGGAACAGGGCAGGAAGUGAAGGCGCUGGAGAAGUGGGGGCCAUGCCUGGGAAUCUGGACUUUAUCCAGAGGGCAGGAAGAAGUUGGGCAAUGACAAGGUUGAGCUACUUGGAGUAGAAGGUGGGUUGGAGGGAGCCAUCCUGAAGCUCAAGAGGCCAGUGAAAUGACCAGGGCAGAGUCCAGGAGAAAGAGACAGGAUGGAAUAGGGAUAGAGCCAUCGGGGGGAGAGGGGGCAAAUGUGAGCAGGAUUUGGAAGGCUGGGUCAUUUCCCUCACCUGGCCCCAGAUGGUGGCCAAGGCAGAGUGGGCUGGGCGUUGUAACCACUGGGUACAAGACGAUUCUGGAACCUCUGCGUGGGCAUGCUGACUCUUGUAUGGACAACAGCAUCCACCUCUCAACCUCCCCAAUCCAUCCUCUCCCCGUGGCCAGGAGAGAUUUUCUCGACCUCAGACUUGAGAUCAUCCCCUGUCUCCAAAGAAAAACACAGCGCAAGGCUGAGGCGGGCGGAUCACAAGUUCAGGAGAUCGAGGAGAUCCUGGCUAACAUUGUGAAACCCCAUCUCUACUAAAAAUACAAAAAAUUAGCUGGGCGUGGUGGCAGGUGCCUGUAGUCUCAGCUGCUCAGGAGGCUGAGGCAGGAGAAUGGCAUGAACCUGGGAGGCAGAGCUUGCAGUGAGCUGAGAUCACGCGACUGCACUCCAGCCAGGGUGACAGAGCGAGAGUCCGUCUCAAAAAAAUAAAUAAAUAAAAGAUAAUGACACUAUUCUUAGAGGGCAAUGAGGACUCAGCGCCCCCAUUCCCCUAGAUAAUAAAAUUAUGGUAUAAUAGGGGAUGCAAGGGGGCCUUUGGGACCACCCAAGCUGACGGGCAGGGCAGGCUUCUCAGGAGUGAUGGCACGUCUAUGACCAGUCUCGGGGCCCAUCUGUGACAUCACGUCCAGCUGUCCUACAGAUGCACCCUCUCUGUGGGAGGCAGAGGGCUGCAAGGUGGGGCUGUGUGGCUGAGAGUGAGGCAUGACUCUUUCAUUUGUCCCCAGAAAAUCACAAACACCUUGGCCUGCAGCUCCAGCUCCCCGGCUGAGAUGGUGCAGUGCCUUCGGCAGAAGGAAGGAGAAGAGCUGGUCCUUAGCAAGAAGCUGCCCCAAAGAACUCCUGAAGGAGAAGCCCUUCCACUCGGUGCCCUUCCUCAUGGGUGUCAACAACCAUGAGUUCAGCUGGCUCAUCCCCAGGGGCUGGGGUCUCCUGGAUACAAUGGAGCAGAUGAGCCGGGAGGACAUGCUGGCCAUCUCAACACCCGUCUUGACCAGUCUGGAUGUGCCCCCUGAGAUGAUGCCCACCGUCAUAGAUGAAUACCUAGGCAGCAACUCGGACGCACAAGCCAAAUUCCUGGCGUUCCAGGAAUUCAUGGGUGACGUAUUCAUCAACGUUCCCACCUUCAGUUUUUCAAGAUACCUUCGAGAUUCUGGAAGCCCUGUCUUUUUCUAUGAGUUCCAGCAUCGACCCAGUUCUUUUGCGAAGAUCAAACCUGCCUGGGUGAAGGCUGAUCAUGCGGCUGAGGGUGCUUUUGUGUUCGGAGGUCCCUUCCUCAUGGACGAGAGCUCCCGCCUGGCCUUUCCAGAGGCCACAGAAGAGGAAAAGCAGCUAAGCCUCACCAUGAUGGCCCAGUGGACCCACUUUGCCCGGACAGGGGACCCCAAUAGCAAGGGUCUGCCUCCUUGGCCCCGAUUCAACCAGGCGGAACAAUAUCUGGAGAUCAACCCAGUGCCACGGGCCGGACAGAAGUUCAGGGAGACCCGGAUGCAGUUCUGGUCAGAGACGCUCCCCAGCAAGAUACAACAGUGGCAGCAGAAGCAGAAGAACAGGAAGGCCCAGGAGGACCUCUGAGGCCGGGCCUGAACCUUCUUGGCUGGGGCAAACCAUUCUUCAAGUGGUGGCAGAUUCCCAGCAGGGCAGCCCGCCUCUCCCGCUGCUGAGACUUUAAUCUCAACCAGUCCUACAUGGAGUCAUGUUCCUUAAAGCGUCGGCCGCUCUGUGACUGGCAUUAUGCUCUUUCGAAACGUCACAAGGCUGCCUCCCACCUCUGGGCCAUUGUACAAGUUCUUCCCUUUCCCUGAAGUGCCUUUCCUGCUUUCAUCGUGGUAGGUUCUAGCACAUUCCUCUAGCUUCCUGGAGGACUCACUCCCCCAGGAAGCCUUCCCUGCUUUCUCUGGGCUGUGCGGCCCCGAGUCUGCAUCCAUUAGAGCACAAUCCACCCGAGGCUAGCACUGUGUCUGUGUCUGCCUCCCCCUCAGAGGAGCUCUCUGAAAGUGGGGAUUAGCCUAACCCCACUCUGUCACCCACACCAGGAUAAGGCGGGACCUGGAGCUAGGGGGUGUUUGCUGAGUGAGUGAGUGAAACACAGAGUAUGGGAAUGGCAGCUGCUGAACUUGAACCCAGAGCCUUCAGGUGCCAAAGCCAUACUCAGGCCCCCACAGACAUCGUCCACCCUGGCCAGAAGGGUGCCUGCCAAUGGCAGAGACCUGGGAUGGGAGAAGUCCUGGGGCGCCAGGGGAUCCAGCCUAGACCAGACCUUAGCCCCUGACUAAGGCCUCAGACUAGGGCAGGAGGGGUCUCCUCCUCUCUGCUGCCCAGUCCUGGCCCCUGCACAAGACAACAGAAUCCAUCAGGGCCAUGAGUGUCACCCAGACCUGACCCUCACCAAUUCCAGCCCUGAUCCUCAGGAUGCUGGAUGCCAGCUCCCAGCCCCAGUGCCGGGUCCUCCCUCCCUUCCUGGCUUGGGGAGACCAGUUUCCGGGGAGCUUAGCACAGCUCCAAGAGCACCCACCAAGACACAGCAGAACAGGCCAGGGGAGAGCAUCUGGACCAGGGCAGCAGUCGGGCUAUUGUCACAGAGAAAAGAGGAGACCCACCCACUCAGGCUGCAAAAGGUGAAAAGCACCAAGAGGUUUUCAGAGUGGAAGUGAGAGGUGACAGUGUGCUGGUAGCCCUCACAGCCCUCCCUCACUCUCGGUGCCUCCUCUGCCUGGGCUCCCACUUUGGCAGCACUUGAGGAGCCCUUCAACCCACCGCUGCACUGUGGGAGCCCCUUUCUGGGCUGGCCAAGGCCGGAGCCGGCUCCCUCAGCUUGCAGGGAGGUGUGGAGGGAGAGGCACGGGCGGGAACCAGGGCUGCACGGGGCGCUUGAGGGACAGUGCCAGUUCCGGGUGGGCAUGGGCUCAGCGGGCCCGACACUUGGAGCGGCUGGCCAGCCCGCCGGCCUCAGGCAGUGAGGAGCUUAGCACCUGGGCCAGCAGCUGCUGUGCUCGGCUUCUUGCCGGGCCUUAGCUGCCUCCCUGCGGGGCAGGGCUCGGGACCUGUAGCCCGCCAUGCCUGAGCUUCCCCACACCCCCCCGUGGGCUCCUGUGUGGCCCGAGCCUCCCCGAUGAGCACCAACCCCUGCUCCACAGUCCCCAGUCCCAUUGACCACCGAAGGGCUGAGGAGUGCGGGCACACAGUGCAGGACUGGCAGGCAGCCCCACCUGCUGCCCUGCUGUGGGAUCCACUGGGUGAAGCCAGCUGGGCUCCUGAGUCUGGUGGGGACUUGGAGAACCUUUAUGUCUAGCUAAGGGAUUGUAAAUACACCAAUUGGCACUCUGUAUCUAGCUCAAGGUUUGUAAACACACCAAUCAGCACCCUGUGUCUAGCUCAGGGUUUGUGAAUGCACCAAUUGACACUCUGUAUCUAGCUAUUCUGGUGGGGACUUGGAGAACCUUUGUGUCCACACUCUGUAUCUAGCUAAUCUAGUGGGGAUGUGGAGAACCUUUGUGUCUAGCUCAGGGAUUGUAAACGCACCAAUCAGCACCCUAUCAAAACAGACCACUCGGCUCUCUGUAAAAUAGAACAAUCAGCAGGAUGUGGGUGGGGCCAGAUAAGAGAAUAAAAGCAGGCCGCCCCAGCCAGCAGUGGCAACCCCCUCGGGUCCCCUCCCACACUGUGGAAGCUUUGUUCUUUUGCUCUUUGCAAUAAAUCUUGCUACUGCUCAGUGUGGACUCUUUGGGUCCACACUGCCUUUA